AUGGAACAAUUUCUUGCUGAUGAUCUCAAGGGGAAACAAACUAGAAAUGGUACUAUGUACCAUGAGGAAUUUAGAAAUCGUUUUUGGGUCAAACCAGUUCAUUAUUCUAAUGAGAAUUACUUGGUGAGUAUCCUAUCUUGUGAUGAAUUGGCUAUGAGAAAUGAUAAGAGUUUGACUUCAAUUCUGAAAAAUGAGAUAGUGAAUCAUCAAGAUAUCCCAUUCAUGCCAAUCAAUAUAGAAGAAUCUAAAGAACAUCUUAUUAAUAGUCAAAAAGUAGUUAUAACUAUUAUCAGUAUCAAGAAUAUACUUACUACUGGGAAUGACAACAAGGGAAGUACUGUAAAUAUGAGUCUAUUCCAAAAAGAAUGUAUAAAAGCAUAUCCUAUCUAUAGUUAUCAUACGGAAAAAAAGCUGUAUCUUCAUAUUAUAAUAUCCAAUAAAGACCAAAGGUUUACUGCUUUUAAUAUCAUUUCAAGCUAUAAUUCAAAGAUUGAUUCUGAAUAUAAAAUAGAGACAGCUUUAGAUAAUACAGACACAUAUUAUCGUAAAGUUGUAAGAGAGUAUCAGAUAUCACUUUUUGGAUGGGAAUUAAUAAGUGAUUAUAGAUAUAAUUUCA